AGGUCACAUACACGCACAUAUACUACCUCUCUCUUUCCAUCUCUCUUUCCCUUUCUCAUUUUCUAUCUCUCUCUCUUGCUCACAUUUCACCUUCCUCCAUUUUCAUACCCAUUUUUGAGAUUCCUCUAAAUGCUCUUUCCUCUUCUCCAUUGGAUUGUACAGAUUCCCAGCUCUAAAUACCCAUCAUAAUAUUUUCAUUUCUUGUUGAUUUUUUUUCUUGCUGUUUUUUUCCCAGUUUUAUUCAACUCUAAGACAUAAAAAGUUUUCUGGGUUCUGGGCUUUGUUCUAUUUUGCAAACUCUGUCUCUGGGUUUGUUGCAGAAGAGCCUGAUUAUACCCAGAAGUGUUUGUGUUUUAUAAGCCUUGAAAAAAUAUCAAACAAAAUUUUAUAGAAUUUUGAUUUUUAAAAAUUGCAAACUUUUGUGUCAAUAGUAUUGGUGUUUGAUUUUUCUUCAAUUUCUUUAAAUUUGUUUUGAAUUUCAAUUUUCUUCACUUGAGGAAAAGAGAUAGACAUGGGCAAGCAAGGGCCUUGCUGUCACUGUGGAGUUACAAGCACACCUCUUUGGCGCAAUGGUCCUCCAGAGAAGCCAGUACUAUGCAAUGCUUGUGGAUCUAGAUGGAGAACAAAAGGAACUCUUGCUAACUAUACACCACUUCAUGCCCGUACAGACCCUGAUGAUUAUGAGGAUCACCGGGUGUCCAGAGGGAAGAGCAUAUCCAUAAACAAGAAUAAAGAUGUGAAACUGCUCAAAAGGAAGGUAAAUUAUGAUAAUGGGGUGGUGGAUGGGUUUGCCCCUGAUUACAAUCAAGGUUAUCGAAAGGUUUCAGAUGAAGAUACUAGCAAUAGAUCAAGUUCUGGAUCAGCCAUAUCCAACUCUGAGAGCUGUGCACAAUUUGGCAGUGCAGAUGCCAGUGAUUUGACAGGUCCGGCCCAAUCAAUUGUGUGGGACUCAAUGGUACCUUCUCGGAAGAGGACCUGUGUUAAUCGUCCAAAGCCAUCUCCAGUUGAGAAGCUUACAAAAGAUUUAUAUACUAUUUGGCAUGAACAACAGUCUUCAUGCUUCUCUGGAUCUUCUGAAGAGGACCUGCUUUUCGAAAGUGAAACUCCAAUGGUUUCUGUUGAGAUAGGGCAUGGAAGUGUUCUCAUAAGACACCCAAGCUCAAUAGCUCGAGAUGAGGAAUCUGAAGCUAGCUCCCUGUCUGUAGAGAACAAACAAUACUCAAUAAAUGAGGCUUAUUCACAUUCUGUGACCCUUCCUGUACAUAAUGUAAACAGAAACGCCAAUAUACCUAGUCUUGUGAUUGAAAAAUCUAAGAACCAUGCUGGACCAGGGAUGCAACAAGAGCAACUUAAAAGGGACAAGUCUCAGCAUGAAAAGGCACAAAUCUUGGGAAAUCAUGAUUCACUGUUGUGUGGUGUGGAUUUAAAUGACAUUCUUAAUUUUGAGGAAUUUGCAAGAUACUUGACUAAUGAAGAACAGCAGCAGCUGCUAAAGUAUCUACCUCUAGUUGAUACUGCCAAACUUCCAGAGAGCAUCAGAAGCAUGUUUGAUAGCCCUCAAUUUAAGGAGAACAUAUCUUCCUUUCAACAACUGCUUGGGGAAGGCGUCUUUGAUCUCUCCUUGUCAGGAGUAAAAACUGAAGACUGUAAUACUUUGAAGAAGCUAACACUGUCCAAUCUGUCAAAAUCCAAAUGGAUGGAGCUUUAUCAUCAACUCAAGAAGUGUAGAAAUACUACUGGAAAGUCUCUUGUUGGAAGAGGACCAGAUGUUAUUCCAUCAAAUAAUUUAAUUACUGCCAAGAGAUCACGUGAUAGCCUAGGUCAAAAAGUUCCUGAAACGAAGGUGAUGAAGAGCCCCAAAAGGAUUAACAUGAAGGCUACCUAUGAAAACAAAGAAGUCAUGGACAGCGAUGGCUCUUGCUUUAGUCCAAGAAGUCUAUUUGCGUUGCCUCCUGAUGGUGGCUCCCUCAUGCUGGAUACAUUCCAUUAUGUUGAUGAAAGUUCGGAUCAGGAUCUGCUACUGGAUGUGCCAUCCAAUGGCUCAUUUCCACAGGCAGAGCUCCUUCGCCCAACUUCAAGUUUUGGGCAGCAGGCAAGUGCUAGCAGUAGCUCAACAUACCCACAUCUAGCCCGUCCCUGACAGUUUGCCAGAUCAGUACUCUUGAUCAUUAGCGAUAUAGAUUCACCUUUUGCUGAAAUUUCGCAACUAGGUUACAAUCUGUGAAUGAGAUUUGAUGGUUGCUGUUUUUCCCUCUCCCCUUGAUAUUUUCAAACUCUGGUAUGCUAAGGGACGAACAUGGAUGGGGGCUUUUUUGUAUAGGUUGAUGACAGAUUGUAAUAUAUAGUUAACAAUGAACAGGAGGUGGUGAUUUCAGGAGUCAUAUAUGCAGUUUUAGUACUUCUGCAAAA